AUGGCUGGUCAACAAUUCCCAACAGACGUCAAACCAAAGUACGUCCCAUACGACAAUGAACACUCAGAGAUUUUGAAGGCAGGUGCUCCAAAACCACUUAAUUUGCAAGAGGAAUUGAAGGAUGGAACCGUCAUCAUCACUGCUAUUCCAGGUGCUUUCACGCCAACUUGUUCCCUUAAACACAUUCCUGAUUACAUCAAGAAUGUUGAACAAUUUAAAAAGCAUGGUGUCAAGAAAGUCAUUGUCUUAGCUGUAAAUGACCCAUUCGUUUUGUCUGCUUUUGGAAAAGCAGUUGGCUACAAGGAUGAAGAAAACUUUGUCGUCUUUGCUACUGACCCAGAGGGUAAAAUUUCGAGUCAAUUGGGUGAUGACUACGUCUUGGACUUGAGCAGUGCUGGUUUGGGUAAGAGAUUGCAAAGAUACGCUGUUAUUGUCAAGAAUGGUGAAGUUGUUUACUUGGCUAACGAGGAUGGUGGUGAUUUCACUGACAUUUCCAGCGCUGAAACUUUGCUUAAGAAGUUGUAA